GAAGAUAAGAAGUAGAAAAAAUGCGGUUCCAGAGAGAUAGAGAGAUGAAAGGAAGGGAAGAGCCAUGCGUAAAGGAAGGGGAACACACGGUUAAUCGGUGCCAAAGUACCGUUGCAUCUGAAUGGACCAGAGAUGGCUUUUGGUUUUCUUGCAACCUUCAUCGCAGCUGCAACUUCGCACUGCACCUAUCGUGCACUAAGCUCGUACACAUUUUAUUUAAAUAUAUAUGCGUGCACCUAUACGCAUGUAAAAUUGUUUCUUUUGCACUAAGAUGAAACACGUGUGACAGAUUCGAAUCAACGAGACGUGACAAUUUGUUGCUCACGUGGAUAUCCAGCGUCUGGAGGUGAAUUUGAAACAGCUGCUCGUUGAUAUUUCACAUUUCCGUGAUGUAUUCCAAGUAUAUAUUAUGCCGUGUGCUGUGUCUAUAUAAUGUUUCGUUAUAAUAUUUUUCAAGUGUCUCCAAAAUUUCUUCGAUGCAGUUCAAUGUGAAGGUCACUUUAUUAGAGUGCUAUAGAAAUGCCUAUAAAAAACUUGAAGGCGGCGAAUAUCCUGGAAGCUCUAGAAUCAAAGCUUGCGUAUGUUCCUGGUGGUCGGGAUCGCGAUGGACGACCUUUAAUAGUAAUUAAUGUUCCACCGGAAUUCGAUCCAACGACAAAGUCGAAAUUAGAAUCUCUUAUUUUAUAUUUUAUAUCAAUUUUCAGCGAGGAAACGAAGGAAAACGGAUUGGUUCUAGUUGUAGACGCGCGUCGCGGUGCAUGGCGCAUAACUAGAUUUUGUAUUAGACUCUCUAUGAAUCUUAUAAGAUCUAAAGUUGUUUCCGUGAUUGUGGUACGGCCAGAUGGUUUCUGGGAUAAACGUGUCGAUAGCUGUACCAAGUCGCAUAAAGAAGGCGAACCAAUAUACGUUACUAUAACGAGACUGCAGGUUUACAUCGAUUUUUCUCAAUUACCAUACGAAUUAGCAGGUAAUAAGGCAUACAAUCAUAUCGAUUGGAUUAAGAAACGUAUGAAAAUGGAAGAUUAUUCAAAAGCUGCGUUAGAACUUGUAUCAAAAAUGACAAAUUUAUAUCAUAGAUUAAAUAUCCUUGACGGUAUUCGAAUGAUGCAAUCGAAUGAUGAUAUAGAAUCUUAUUGGGAAAUGGGCACAGAAUUGUUAUCAACAGCGCGUCACAUACUUCAAUCAGGUAGGAGUCUAGUGAGUUCUAUGAGUAGGGAAUCCUCCAAGGAUAUUUUGGAUACCAUUAAAGGAAUUCACAAGCUGCUCGAUUCUAUUGAAUUAAAGCAGAUGGACAUUGAAAAUUUAUGGACUGAAAUGGAACGAAAUCUGGAUACUGUUAGAAUAAUAGAAGAACUUGAACAGGGUGUGUCGAGCGUUACUGAUUGGAUCUUAGGUCCAGCAGACAUAAUGCUCAAUUCUUGUUGUCAAGUUGGCUUCGACGUUUCUUCAUCUGAGGAACUUCGAAGACAGCACGAAAAAAUUGAACUUCAAUGUCGGGAGACUUAUGGACGAUACGCAGAAUUGCUUCAUAAAAUCGAUAAUCUCCCUAAAAGCAAAUUACCAGAAGAUUUAAAAUCUCAAAGAGAUUUUAUGGACUUUGUUUGUCGUAGUUUUGCUUCACGACUCGAAAGACGUAGAAACGUAUUGAUUACAUCGCAAAGAUUCUUUAGAUUUGUCUCCGAGUAUUUCGACAGGACAAGUGAAGUAUUCGAGCAAUUAGUCAUGGGCAAUAGAAAUUCUAAUUUCUCUCAGGCGAGCAUUAAGCUUUUAACUUUGGAAAAAAAUCAAACAGUUUUAGACAAUUUAGAGCGCGAGCUCGCUGUUAAGUGGUUGAAUGAUUUAUUCAAUGUUUUACUUCGGAAUCACAUGGAAGUUGGAUGUAACGUAAAGGAGAUACAGUUACAAAAAGAGGAACAUCAAUCUUUCCAAGAAACUGCAAAAGGAACUUACGAGUAUGGCGGUCAAUUGGUAAAUGGUGCACGCGUGUUAAGAUUAUCUUGUAGAAUAUCUUUAGAGAGCAAUGCUAGUCUCUUUUUAAAAUUACGACAGGCUUGGCGGCAGUUCCGGUCUGUUAGUCAAGAACAAUUAACGAGGUUACGAGUAUGCGCUGUCUUUCACAGGAAUGUCGAAGAUCACUGUGCUGGAUUGCAAAAUUUAAUGGGAACAGUAACAACACUAUUACAUUCGGCAAAAGACGAAGAUAUAGCAGCGAAAACGCAUGUCAGAGAAAACAUAAGAGAUAUCCUUGAUAAUCGAGAAAAACUUUUACUGGAAGUUGGUCGAAUGGUAAGAUUGGGUCGCCUUCUCAAGACGAGAUUGAAGGAACCUCUUUAUCAGCAAUCAAUGUCUGAAACCGAGGAUGCUUCGAUCCUUGGCAGUAAUUUGACAGCUGUGGAAGCUAUCUCGAUGAGAUUAGCGGAAGUUACACGUCUCGCGGAAAAAUUGGAUGCGAGAUUAUGCGAAGCUGGAGCUAAAACUCGACCAAUAUCUAUUCCUACCGUUGUAACGUCCUGCGCUUCAUCAUUGCUCUCAAUGUCUGCUAUGUCACCGUCAAGCGCGCUCACCCGUGCAGCUUCUAUUACGACUGCAUCAACAUCGAAUAUAACAGAGUUAGACGCAUCUGCUCAAAUGCAGCCAGUGUCUUCAGAAACAAUGUCCACAAGAAUCAAAUCUGAUACAAUUAAAUCCACUACUUCUACGGCAGACAAAUCCAGCAAGAAUGCACUUCAUACCCUUCCGUAUUCCAAGGAGAAUAUCGAUACGUCACAUAAGGACUUUAAUACCAAGGAACUUCUCGAGAAUUCUCAUAGCGAAAAUGUGGCAGGAGAAUAUGGGGAGGGUUAUACAACAGCGACUGAAUGUUCAACAACUCCACCUCCGCGUUCCAGAAGUGGAUCUUUCGUAACAUCGCCAGAAUGUGAAGAUCUUUCUAAAAUUGCACCUGUGAUGACUUGCUUUGAUUCCAUUUGGUGGGACACGGAAACUUCUAAACUGGCAACUACUACACCUCUUAUGUCUACUCUGAGCAAUGAAAAUCAGAAAGAAAAAUCAAACAGAAUUGUAAAAGAAGUUAUUGAGACAACUGUUUUGCGCGUAUCGCAUGAUAUUCGAUUAGACGUAGCCUCUUACAAGGUAGUAUCAAAUACCAUGCAAAAUCAUCGGCAAGAUAUCAAUGUAAAAGAUAUCCAAAAUGUGGAAUCAGGGCUAGAAACAGAAUCGUGUGAAAAAGCAGACACUCGCCAACAUCUUAAUAUGUUUCCAUUUAAAGAAUCUGAAAAUUAUAUCAACAAAAGUUUGAAAAAGAUUCAAUCGGAUGAAAACAUUACAUCAAAACUUAUGCUAAAUAAAAGUGUAUGUUCUGAUUUGAGAGAGAAUGAAGGUGCACUAUUAUCUUCGCAAGAUCUUUCACGACAUCACGAGGAUAGCGGAAUCGAAAUGUCGCCGAUAAAGAAAGAAAGCGAAGAUUUCCUUGAAAGGGCGAGAAAGAGCGGCGAAUGGCUGAAACUGAAAAUACUCGAAUUACAACCAGAACUAACGAGACUUGGUGCUUCCGUAAAAGAAGCCACGGAACUCUCGAAUGCUCACGAUCAAGUGUUACUUCGAUUACAGAAUAAACAAAGCCCGGUAAAAGAAUUAUUGCGACAAGCUGAUCAAUUAAUUGCAACUCAGAGAUCAAGAGCGGAAGUAUACGCAGCCAUGGCGGAGACAUUAGGUCAUGCAUGGCGCGAUGUAAAUCAACUUUUGGAACGUCGUAAAGAGAUUCUUGAUCGCAAUGUAUUAUUUCAAUGUCGCGCGGCAGAAUGUAGAGAAAAUAUGGAAGCGUUGGAAAUGGCAUGUAAUGACACGUUACUACCGAUUGAGAUAGAAGCGGUAAAAAGUUUCGUAUUAAAAAUCCAGGAUCUUCGCAAAGACAUGUUAGAAGCGUUAAUGGGUGCGUUGCGAGAGGGUAAGACAUUGCUGGACGGACUCAAGGAAUUGGCUAACGAAGGCACUUUAGACUCUAGGCCUGAUACGAUUAAAGAUGAAGCUAAUCACGCUGUGAUACGAGUUGAAAGAUGGCUAGAAGAACUUCAUGACAGAAGGCGGCUGAUCGAGACAUCUUUUCGCAGCAGAAAGACUCAGUUGGAGCAAUGUCUCGCUCUUGCGUUGCUCGCGACUGAUCUUCGCGAUCUCGAGGAAAUUCUUAACGACAGAAUUGCUGCAUUAGAGGGCAGUUGUAAUCAAUUGGGAGAUUCUGCAUCUAAUGCAGAACUGCUCCUUUUUGAAUUAAAAAAGUUACAAGCCGAAGCAAAGGAGCUUCAAGAUAGAGCCAUUAAAAUAACUAAAUCGACCGAACGAUUAGUGUCAUCGGGACACUUUGCUGGCGAACAAGCGACCGAACAGGCGUAUGCGAUUCUUAGCACCGCCGCCGAUUAUGUUAACGAUUUAGAUCAAUACAGUACAUUGCUAAAUAGGGCGAUAGCUUUUUUCGAUUUUGCACGAUCGGUUACCAUAAAACUGGAUCAGCUGGAAAUUCAAUUAAUGACCACGGAACACCCUCCUUUUUCUGCACAACUAGCUCAUCUUCACGCGCAGACUAUAGCUACAAUAGAAGAUAUUACUUCAAAACCAUUGUCGGAAGGAUAUGCGCUACUGGAUAUCACGGGAAGAGGAGCGCCUGGUGCCGAGGGUAUAAGAAAUAUUAUAGGAAAAUUGGAGAAUUUUAAGCUUCGUUUGACGGAAUUGUGUACUGCUCAUAAAGAGGAAAAUUUAAAGAUUUCGAAAAUGAUUACUACAUUCUUAGAUAAGCAUGACAUAUUACGAGUUUGGUUAAAUAACACUGCCAAAGUCUUUCUUCAAAAGCAUCAAGACAUGGGUAGCGAUCUAACAAUGGCAUGCGAUUUUCGUCGACUUCACUAUCAAUUGCUAACCGAAUUGGAAAGUAAAAACGAAGAGAUAGAUCAUCUAAAAUUGGAAAUUCUUCCAAUCAUAGAACGACUUGACGAAACACAGAAAUAUGAAUUACGAUCGAAGAUGCAAAAUCUUGAAAACGAAUGGACGAAAACAAAGAUCGCAUUGAUAAAGAGAAUUGAAUUGGAUACAAUUUACAUAAAUUUUCAUGAAACUGUGGAAGAAUUGAUCCAUGAAAUGAGUUCUUUCGAUAAUGAAUUGAAAAAGUAUGAAACUGUGUUAAAUGAGAGUAAGAUUGAUGAAUUGGAAAAAAGAUGGAAGUCUUUUGAACCUUUUCACGAAAAACUCGAUAAUCAUGCAAAAGCAUUUCUCAAUGAAGCGAAUAACAUUGAUGACUCUUAUCUUGAUGUAUCGCGAGCUUGUCUAUGCAUUCAGACUCUUUUAGAAAAAUUUGCUAGUCGACAAUUGGUUCUGACAGAAUCGUGGGAAAAAUGGCAAACUUCUAUUCAAAUAACAAGACAGAGGCGAAUAGAAUGCGAGCAAAAAAUAGAAGAAAGCACAAAAACAAUAGAAUGGAUUACAAAAUUUGAAACAACGCUGUAUCCAGUGAUAACAAUACCAUCUUUUAUGAUAACUGAUAUUUUGGAUAAUUUAGAAGUUGUAAGAAAACGGAUUCUAUUUGAAUUAAAUAAAGCUCUUCAAGAAUUGAAUGCUCGAAUCAAGAGUAUUCAAGUAUUCGUUGAAAAAGGUGAAUCUGAAACAGCCGAGCAGAUUUUAGAAAGACUCGUACAAAUGCAUGAAAAAGUGAACACUAUCAUAAAUAAUUACGAGAUGUUAUUAGAAUCUUUAAUUUCCAAUUUUAAGAAUCUUAAGGAGAUCGAAUGUAAAAUUGCUGAAGCAAAGCAAGAAGUUGAAUGUGCAUCAAAUUCUACAAAGUUAAUUGACGUGGAUGGCUCAUUACAUAAAUUUAAUAUAUUUAAAACGUUCAUUACGGAAUCAUUAUUACAAGUACAUACUAAAUCUAAGGAAAUAAUUGACAAUAUUAGACUACAAGAGCCGCCAGAAUCAGCGGCACAAGAUAUUGAAAAACUAAAACAUGCGAUAGAUUCAAUGAGCGUUAAAUACGAAUCGUUUCAAAUUGAAACAUCAAGUCAUCUUGAGAGACAUCGAUGUCUCUGUAUUUUUAGAGAAGAUAUCGAAAAGAUUAAUUCGAAUUUAUGUGAGAUAAACGAACAAUUAAAAACUAUGGAUAAAAAAAUUGGUGACAAUCUAUCAGUAUCGAAAGCGACACUGAUUGCUUUCGAACAAUUUCAACAAACUAUAAUGACUUUAGAAAAAAGAAUUGAAGCUUUUAUAAAGAGAACAGAAGAAGCAAUUGUUCCAUUAACACCACAAGUGACGGACGAAAUCUUGUCUCUGCAAAACAGAUGGGAUCAUUUGAGGAAAUACGUUAAGGAUAUUGAAAAGCGAACGAAUUUAAGUAUUGAUUACUUUGUGCUCUUGGAAGAAGCUAAACAGUGGUUUAGAGAAGGUAGUAAACUUUUAGUGAUUAUUGCACGCAAAGCAACAACCGUAAAAUCCCCCGAGGAAGCUACCGAUUUACUGCGAGAGAUCGAGGCUUACAUAAAGCCUGGUGAAGAGCAACAAGAAAAAAGAAUUGAGAAGCUUAAACAAUUAUCAACGAUAGUUUUUGAUACAGACAGACUUCCGCAAUUCAACGAUGUGGUACUAGAGAACCGACAAAUGCUAGAUUCUUUCGCAAUCGUUUCUUCCGAAUUGCGUACCCUGAGUCAAAAUUUACAAAAUGCCGAAGAUCUUCGAGAGAGAUUGCGAAUCGAGAAAUUAGAAGCUGAUAAAAAGUUGCAAGCUGCCAAACUAGAGAUGGCCGCGGCGGAAACUGCUAGAAUGGAAGCUGAAAAUGCGAAGAAACUUGCGGAACAGCUUGCCGCUGAAACUUUAGAUAAAGCUGCGACAGAGGCGAAAAAUAAAGAGAAAGAAGCACAAAAAGUUGUUCCUCCUAUCUCUCAUUCCGUCUCUGCUCAAACCGAUGAAACCGUAAUUGAAGAAACUGUUACGUCUGCUAUGACAACAAAGGAAAUUCAUGUUCUUCAGAAGAUGGAAAUCGAGAAGAGUGUUCCGGUUGUUCAACAGGAAACAAGUUCACCAAAACUUGAAUCUAAGAAAAUAGAUGACAAAUCGCAUGAUUCUAUUAAACAAGCGAUAACAGACGAAGUUAUUUUGUUAAUUCCAGAAUUUACAGUUCCUUUGAAAGAUGCAACAGUUGAAGAAGGCAAAGAAUUCAGUUUUGAAUGUCACUUAAUUGGUCAACCGAUACCAGAAGUAGUAUGGUACAAAGAUGGAAUAUCAAUUUUAAAUAAUCCAGACUACUUAACAACUUAUAUAAAUGGCAUUUGUACUUUAAAAAUAGAAGAAACGUUUGCCGAAGAUUCCGCCAAAUACACUUGCCGUGCAUUUAAUAUUCUUGGUUCUGUCGAAACAUCAGCCACUCUUACUGUCAAAGAAACAAUCACGGAAGAACAGCAAAAUGCCCCCGUUUUCACAAAAGAAUUGCAGUCCUCUUUCGUGAGGGAAGGUUGGUCUCAUAGAUUAGAAUGUACUGUUGAAGGAAAUCCUCUUCCAACGGUACAAUGGUACAAAAAUGAUAUUAACAUUGAUAAUUCUCCGGAUUACAUUAUUACUUUCAACAAUGGAGAAGCAAUUUUAAAAUUCGAUGAAGUUUUUUUGGAAGACAAGGCUUCAUAUACCUGUAAAGCGAUAAAUCGAUGGGGGCAGUCAUCUACCACUGCUUUUUUAGAUGUAAAACCCGCGCAAAUUUCUAUAAAGAAACCAUAUUUUGUGAUACCGUUAUCAAAUGUUAUGGCCAGAGCAGGACAAAGAGUGAAACUAGAAUGCGAAGCUAAUGGAGAUCCAAUACCAAAAUUAAGCUGGAAUCACGAUGGGAAACCAAUUGAAGAAAGCAGAUACCAUAAAAUUCAAACGGAUGGUAUUCGAACAAGCUUAACUAUUACGGAAGCCUUUCCGAAGGAUGCCGGAUCUUAUUCAGUGAUUGCCAGUAAUGAAUUUGGAAAAGCUACCGUAUCUUGUACCGUUUCUGUGAAAGGACGUUUGUUUCACGAAACUAGCGAAUCCGAUUUUAUUGGUAGUGACACGGAACCAAUAGUUCCAAAAUUUCAGUUAUCUUUGCAGGAUCUUAAAAUACAAGAAGGACGAUCGGCAAGACUAGAUUGCGUGAUUAUAGGUCAACCUGAACCGGAGGUAAUCUGGUAUCAUGAUGAACAACCUGUAAAAGAGUCGUCAGACUUUCAAUUACUCUUCCAAGGAGAUCGGUGUUCAUUAAUUAUUCAUGAAGCUUUCUUGGAUGACGCCGGUGUAUACAAAGUAGUUGCUAUUAAUUCUGCUGGCGAAGCUUCCAGUCAGUGUACAUUAACAGUUACACCGAUGUCUCAGAUCUCGGAUGUAAUCGGUCAAGUACAAGAAAAAGAUGAAACUCUUAUCAAUGGUUCCGCACCAAAGUUUAUCAGAUUUCCGACAGAUUUGCUGGUGGCUGAAGGCGAAAAUGCAAUUUUUGAAUGCGUUAUAGUUGGAGAACCCAAACCUGAUUUGAGAUGGUAUUCAGAUGGUGGUGAAAUUACUUAUAACGAGAGAACUUUUACUGAAGAAAAGGAAGAUGGAACGGUUUUUUUAAAAAUUUCUCCAACGGUACCGGAAGAUAAAGGCAAUUACGUGGCGAAAGUCACAAACGUGCAUGGUGAGGCGAAAGCUUUCGCCAGGUUGGUUGUGAAAUCUCUUGGUGAUUUUAAAAGAAACGAAGAGUUUAUCCAGAUGGAAGAAAAACUAAUUCAACCAACAUUUAAAGAAACAUUUCAAGACAGAAGAAUUCUCGAAGGAGUUACAACAAAAUUCGAAUGCAUUGUCACUGGUAAACCUUCUCCUAAGAUUCAGUGGUUGUUUAAUGAGCGGCCGGUACAUGGGAAAGAUUUUCUAGUUUCCGUCAGCGGAGAUCGACAAGUUUUGACCAUUCCUGCAGUCAGGGAUGCACACGUCGGUACUAUUUCUUGCGUAGCGGAGAACGCAGCUGGUAGAGCGAUUUGUAGCGCUAAAUUGGAAAUUGAUAGUGGAUCAAUAAGACAGGCUGCAAGUGAAAUCGAAAAAGUGUUCGAGUUCGUUCCAUAUUUUUCUACAGACAUCAUGCAUCCUGCAAGUAGUAGCGAUAAACAUUUUUCAAGCGAGAAAACAUAUCACGAAGGUGGUAGUGAGAGUCAAGUACUGACCAAAAUGUCGUCGACUGUCACGCAUUCUUCAACAACGUCUAUGAAGAAGGAAUUCUUAUCCUCUACCAUGACUUCCACUUUAUCACAAUUUGGGCAUGAACCUACCAGCAUUUGCACAAAAGCAACUGUGCAAAGUUCCGAACAAUCCACCUCAGAAAACGGAGCACCACCUGUCGUACAGUCGCACAAAAUCGAGGAAUAUGAAAAAAUUAUACAGGAGCGGCCUGGCGAGAUGAAACAAGAGAAAACCGUGGUAUCUGAAGAAACAGAAGGUGUGAAACAUGAUGUUAAGACAAGCCAAAUUCAAAAACCAUGUAGAAAACCGAUAGCACCUAGAUUCAUUUCACCAAUCACAGGAAUGAUUGUUGACCAAGGAACUGAUGUAAUUCUCGAGGGUAUCAUUGAUGGUUUCCCACAACCGAUAAUUUUGUGGUCAAAGAACGGUCAAGAGAUAUCGUUGAAAGAUAAAAUAAUAAAAGCUAGUUGUGUUCAUAAUCAUGUAAAAUUAGAACUGAAAGAUGUCAAUGUAAAAGAUGCUGGACGUUAUACUUGCACAGUGAGCAAUGACGUUGGAAGUGCCAGUAGCACGGCUGACUUAAUUGUUAAAAAAACAAUAUUUCCUCCGGUUUUCGGAAAGCGGCUUAAGGCUCAAGUAAUAAAGAAAGGAGAUCGUAUUAUUAUGGAAGUGGAAAUUACUGGUAUACCUGAACCUACAAUCAGUUGGUAUAAAAAUGAUGUGCCGAUUAAUGAACAACCACCAAAAUUGAGAAUUAUUCAGCAAGGAAAUUGUUACACAUUGCUCAUAGACAAAGCUAAAGAAGAAGAUGCUGGCAAAUAUAUGGUACGAGCGACAAAUACCGGUGGCGAGGCUCAAAGUAUUGCUGAUAUUGCGAUUUUUGAUCCAAAGCCAGAUACUAUGAUUGAGAUGCAUAAAACCGUUACCUAUGAAAAUAUCCAGGAUAAAAGUGUUGUCCAGUCUGAGGCAAAAAAAGAAGAGACAUCAUCAGGCACUCUUUUGACGAACGAACAAACACCAACGACAACGAUCGAAUCAACUACAUUGCUCAGGCCAAUCACGACACUAGCAUCGACUAGCACAAUUGACACCAUGGAAAUAAUCGACAAACCGGAAAUAAAGACUAGUAAAUCGGAAACAAUUUCAUCUAUGAUCGAAUCUCAUGAAACCGAAACAAAGUCAGAACAGAAGUUCCAUAUGAAAUUGGAACAUAAAUCUCCGUCUAUUAUGGAGUUUAAAUCACGAGCUGAACAAACGAUCGCGAUAAAGGAAAUCGACCGUGACAAAGAAGAUGUUACGAAGCCGUUAAUAAAAACGGAGGAAAAAUUAAUAAUUGAUAAUGAUAACGUAGAAACUUCUACAAUUGCAAAAAAAGAUGCGUUGAAUUUUUUCGAAUCUAUUACAAAAGAAAGUGAGAUAAUGCCGAAAGGGCCAAAGGAAAUGAUUAAAUUGACAGACGAUGGUCAAGUUCAAGAAGCAAAAGUUGGACAAUUAACAAAGAGUUAUGAACGUGCAACUAUCUCUCAAGAAACGAAGAAACCAGAAAUAAGGUUGUUUGAAUUUGAAACAACAAAAAAAACCGCCCGGGAAGUUUUUACCAAAUUAGAACAAGGAUCAUUAUCUCGUGGAGUGGAAAACAAAUUGUUUGAAUUCCCAUACAAGAGUCCUAAGUUACCCCCCGUGGAAGUAAAAAAAUCUGACAGUAUAGCUUCCGAUUUAUCUGCCUCGCAACUGCAGAUUCAAACAGAGAGUUUUGAAACAGCGAUGAAAAGUUUUGAUCUCGUACCGGAACCACCUCCUGAAAUAUGUUACAUGCCAAAGCCGGAAGGCAAAAAAAAACGACCUGAUGUGUUUGUUAAGGCAAAACAGCUUCAGGAAUCUUUUGAUAAGACAUUGUCUCCAAUAGAUGCUCCAGUCGGCGGUGUAAAAAUCUUUCCUACGCCCACUCCAAAAGUGUCAGAACCUGUCAAAUUUGCGGAACCUGCUUUGACAUUCAUGAUACCACCGCCAUUUGAACUCGAAAAGAAGGAAACAUUUGAAGAAACGUGCGUAAAGGAAGAUGUAUAUGAGAAGAAAGAAAGCAAAUAUUUUAAAGAAGAAAAAUUGGAACCACCGAAAUACACUUCAACAUCUAUUUUGAGAAGUACUUCUCCUACCAGACCAUGGUCAUCGUCAUCGGACGUGGAAACCAAAUCGCACGUGUCUACAGAUUUAUCGGAAUAUAGAUGUCACUCUGCUGCUUCUAGUCAUCAAGAGCUUUUAAGACCAACAUCACCUAAACCAUCUGCGGGUGCAUUGACAAUGGAAAAAUCCUGGGCGAAAAAAUAUACAGAUUCGAAUAGAAAGUCAUGGCCACCUCAAACUAAAUCCACUCAAAAAGACAAAUGGCAUAUUCCUGUCGAUGAAUACAAGAGUUCUUCAAGAGAAUUUCAGCAAAAGAUUGAAGAAACACCACAAGGCGGAAUAAAAAAAACUAGUACGGAAUCAUCUGCUCAUGUAGAGAAACGCUCAUGGUGCAGCAAGGAGGAAUUUACUGAAAAGAUAGUGGAAGCAUCUCCGCCCACAUCAAAAUUAGGUCCGAUAAUUUAUAAUGCCGAGACGAUUAAAGUCGAUCAUACUGUGAACACUGUGCAAGAGGAAGCUUUGUUCGAAAAAUAUAUUACCGAAUGCAAUGUAGAAAAAGCUGAAACAAUGAAAAAAUUUGAAAACUUUAGCUCAAAACGUUGGGCAGAAGACAAAGAAUUGAAAGCACCUAGUUUGGUGAAAAAGGUUGAACCAACUACGAAAUCGUUUGCCACAUCAUAUCAUCUUAUGGAAACAGGAGUAGAUUCGAUCGUUCUUGAGCCAGGAUCUCCUCCGGAGAUUGGAUAUAUUCCACUAUCCGUUAUCCAAAAAAAACCUAUAUCCGAGCAUAUUAAAAAAGUAGAAAAGAAGGCAGAAGAACCGCCAAUACUUCCACCGAAAGAUCUACGUAUUACACCGCCGCCUAUCCCAGCCAAGAAACCUACCAAAGUUUCUGCACCAAUUCCGUCAAAGUUCAUGAAGGGUUUUAGUCAUGAAAGCGAUUAUGAAUCCGAUCUCGAUAGUCGUCCAAAAGCUAAGUGGAGACCGUACGAAAGUGAUAACGAAGAACCGCAUUAUCGAAGAGUUAAAGCACCUAUUCCAAAACAAUCGACAAGACCAAGAUCUACCGAACCUGAGCCAGUUCCACCUUCCAAAUUCGAGACUCCUGCACAAUUUACAGGACCAUCUAGAUCGCUCAUUACUACUGAAUCUUCCGAAAAAACUGCAAAGAAAAUGGCAUUUAAACGACACGAAAGGGAAUUCAAGCAACAACAAAGUUUGAUGCCUAUAAAACCUGGUUCCCCACCGAUUUAUGUACAACCAAGCGCAAAAAAUUCCGUGCCAAAAUCUCCUUGCGUCAAAAAACCGGAAUCUCCAAAAUUGAAAGCAAAAGUCUUUCAGCAAGAAAGCGGUUAUAUGGCGGACACUGAUGAGCCAUUCCAGCAAAAGGCUUCAUCCACGAUGACACAGAAAUUUUUUGGAAAACAUGACGAUUCCUCGACAGUGGUCCAUAUGGAGAGUCGUACUAUAAGUACUGAAAGAAUAAAAUCCAUUGAAAGUCACAGUUGCGAAAGUGAUCAUUUGCGGAAAGAAGAAUCUUCAACGCCAUUUAAAGCUCUUCAACAACAACGUAACUCGUUCGAAAAGAGCUAUGAGUCAACAACUAAUAGUGGCCUAUGCAGAUUCGAAUCCAUGAAGGUUCGAAAUUUGAUGCGUGUUCGUGUGUCAUUUCAAAUGUUGCUUUUCCUUGCUAUAUCAUCUGGACAAACUUUUUACAUAGGCAAGCCAAUGAAGAUGAGUUUGUCUUAUAAGCAAGAUACAGCGGUUGUACCAACAAAACCAAAAACGGUUCUCUUACCAGGCUCUCCGCCGGAAAUCGCUUACGCGCCACCGCAACCGCAGCAACAGUUUUAUCAGACACGCACAAGUAUACCGUUUACCAACGCGGUGGGUACAGAGACGAAAAAAACCGUGAGGAUGGACGAAUCAACAGAGAAUGCUAGAAGAAUUGUUACCGUCGAGCAAACAAGCCGUGUCAUCAAAUUCGGUGACGUCAAUAUCACACCUACUCAGAAACAACAAUCGCAUUAUCGUGUGCCUACACCGAAAAAGUUUGUGCAAGGACAAUUUCGAGAAUCUGAUUAUGAGAGCGAUGUAGAUUCAAGCAGAAUUCGACCGAAAUGGGCUCCAGCGGAUAGUGACACAGAGGAGCCAUGUUAUCGAAGAGUUCAACCACCCACAGGAAAGAGUCCAAGAUCUUUAAGCGCACCAGUCAGACAGACGCACGUUGCAUCACCGAUGGAGUUCGACACCGGUCCUCCUCCAAUGUCGCUGAUGGAAAUUUCUAAAGAAGAUACAGACAAAAAGAUCAAUUUCCAAAGAUAUCAGCAACGUAUAAUUUCCGGAAAAAUCGAUAAUAUUUUGCAACCUGGUUCACCACCUGAAUAUGGAUUCAUCUCGAGAAGCGACGUAAAACGAGCAGCAAGCCACAUCGCAUCACGUCAUAUGAGUGAUAUGACGAGCAGUUUCAAAUUUAAAACCGAGAAGUUUGUAAAUGAUAUUCAAUCGGAUUUGAGGCAAGGUAAACCGAUUCUAAAACAUCCUAACCAAGACUCCAAGAUGACCGAUAAUGACGAGCCAAGAACUUACCGAGAAGAAUCACGAGUCUCCGAACAUGGAACAAAACAAAUUGAUCCGGAUACUGGACUCAUAUAUUUCAAGUACGAUUUUGGCUACGAAUUCGGUAUUGUGUUACCUGGCGAGGGUAAGAAGACGGUCGAAAAUAGCAAGAAGACUAUUCAAGGACAGAGACGUUCGAGCGAUAUAGAGGUGCCUAUAAUUCACGAAUUUACUGAAAAGAAAACGAAUGGUUUUACGAAGAAAGGCACAUUUCUAAGUCGACAGAACAAGCCAGGAAAUAAAUUUGGAAACUCGAAAACUGUCAAGUGGGAGGCAACAUCGGAAAGCGAGUUUUCCGAAGCUGAAGACACGAGGAAUCUUAAUAGAAAGCAAUUGAAUAAUAGAGGUGUAGAAAAUUCAAUGACACCUCCAAGUCUUAUCAUACCUAGUCCUGUGUCACCAUCAAGAUGGGAUCGUAUAACGCCCAGCCCGCUUUCUCUUAGCCCAAGCUUGCCGAGCCUCUCUCCCAGACAGAGUAGCGCUACUGGACCACCUAGCAAUGUGGAUUCUGCAGGUUCAUCCUGGCCGACCAGCAACGGUGUAUCGUCGAAUAAGGGAGUAAUUCAACCUUAUCUCGAAAUAUUACCAAAAAAGGUUCCUACAUUUAUUACGCCACUGAAGGAUAUCGCAGUAGUGAGCGGACAACCGGCUAGAUUCGAGUGUAUUGUUCAAGCUGAACCACAGCCGAAUAUUCUUUGGUCAAAAGAUCACAAGAUCGUCGAAAAUUCUGAAAGCUAUGAGAUCCAAUACAGAAACGGUGUUUGUCGUCUCACUAUAAUGAGAGCUUUGCCCGAGGAUGCCGGGUCUUAUGCGUGUACGGCAACGAAUAGCUUAGGUUCUACCGUAACAUCUGCCAACUUGGAGGUUCCAGGUAAUAGACGAUCUAUGUAUGUUUCUACUUCGUAAAAAUCUGAUGAAGAAAGGAAAAGGAAUAAUUGAACGGUGAAUUAAAGGUGGUGGAAAACCUAAUUCUCUCUUAACUUCGAUUUGCUAAUGCCGGACAUUUAUAUCAUAUUAUAUCAUAUUAUUUGAGGUUAUUAUUUAUAAAAGCCACAAAUUAAUAUGGUGACGGAAAUAAUAACGUAUUGUAUGUGGUUUAAUACACAUCUUUUGAAAAAA